AUGGACUUUUGUUUCAGGGUGUGCACGAAGCAGUGUUUUGGGUGGCAUCGGGAGGGGGAAGGUUUCUUUCUUUUAAUCCAGGUUUUAUUUUUCAAAGGGUACGUGACUACUAUCCUGGAAGACGCAAAAAUUUACUCGAGCCACGCCAAGAAAUUCAGCGUCGAUGCAGAUGACGUGAGGUUGGCAAUCCAGUGUCGAACUGACCAGUCCUUUACAUCUCCCCCUCCAAGAGACUUCUUGUUAGAUAUCGCAAGGCAGAAAAAUCAGACACCGCUGCCGUUGAUAAAGCCUUAUUCUGGGCCUAGGCUCCCGCCUGACAGAUACUGCUUGACAGCUCCCAACUACAGGCUGAAGUCCUUGCAGAAGAAGGUCUCUUCCUCUGCAGGAAGAAUAACGGUCCCGCGCCUGAGUGUUGGUGCUGUCAGCAGCCGGCCCAGCACUCCCACCUUAGGUACACCUUCAGCACAAACAGUGUCUGUCUCAACAAAAGUUGGUGCCCCGGUGUCGCUGACGGGUCAGAGGUUCACUGUACAGAUCCCGUCUUCUCAGGCAGCUGUCAAGUCAGCCACACCAACUACUCCGACAGUUCAGAAUGUUCUGAUUAAUCCUUCAUUAAUUGGACCAAAGAACAUUCUUAUCACUACAAAUAUGGUGUCGUCCCAGAACACAUCCAAUGAAGCGAAUCCCUUGAAGAGGAAGCACGAAGAUGAUGAUGACUACGAUAAUUUGUGAAGAGACUGUCCGGUCCCCUCCCGUGCUUCAGACUGAGUCUGACAGGGGUUUUGCCAGGAAUUCUUUGUAAAUGGUGGGAGAGCAUGUAAAUACUCUGUUAAAGUGCAGUUGGGCGUGGGGCGAGAGGGAGAACGUUGCCUGUGGAAAGAUGAGCUCACGGCUGCCCUUUUCCCGCAGCCUGUCGUGUGUUUUGAACCCCGGGCGCAGGGGGAGCAGUGGCCAGCACCCCACAGAACAGCCUUCACGUCUCUCUCACCUUACUGCUGAGAGACGUGUCUGGUGAGCCGGGUGCUGCCCUGGGCCAAGCAAAAAGAAUUUUUAGAAACUGUGGAGUGGUGUGACCUAGAUAUUCAUUUCAAAUAACCACAAAAAGAGUCCUGGGCGAGGCGGGAUGUAGCGUUUUUGUUUUUUCCCCAAAUACAUUUGUUGUUUCCAGGCCGUGUGAGGAUUCUCUGAGCAGCAGAGGAGGGGCUGCCGCAGACAGGGGUUUCUGUUGGCUGGAGCCAGUACCCACCGCUCAAAAGUUAGGGAAGAGGUAAAAUCCCAGCCAAGGUUUGUUCUUUAUUUAUUUCUGACGAGCCGCUCCUCUGUCUGUCACUUCGUGUUGCCAGCGAAGCGCCGGAGCUUGGCUGCGCGGGGCCGUGGCGGGCUCCCCAGUCUGUUCUGCUAAAGACCGAAUAAAUUGAAUGUGGUUUUAUAUCUGAAA